AUGGGCAAAUCGUCCAAAGACAAGCGCGACGCCUACUACCGCCUCGCCAAAGAACAAGGCUGGCGCGCGCGCUCCGCCUUCAAAUUGCUGCAGCUCGAUGAGGAGUUCAACCUCUUCGAAGGCGUCACGCGCGUGGUAGACCUCUGCGCCGCGCCCGGCAGCUGGUCGCAAGUGCUUUCGCGCGUGCUCAUCAAAGGCGAGAGGAUCGGGCGAGCGUCGUGGGAGGACAAGCGGUAUCGUGAGAUCCUGCGAUCGAGAGCCGCUGGACGCCAGGAUCUACUCCCGGGAAUCGAGAAUGAGGCCGAAAAUGCGCCACCUCCUACCAACGCUCCAAGAGAAGGCGUCAAGAUCGUCGCCAUCGAUCUCCAACCCAUGUCGCCGCUAGAAGGCAUCACAUGUCUAAAAGCAGACAUCACCCACCCCUCCACCAUCCCGCUGCUCCUCCACGCCCUGGACCCAGAGUACACCGGCUCGAGCACCACCUCCCUUGAAGCCUCCCACCCCGUCGACCUCGUCCUCUCCGACGGCGCCCCAGACGUCACCGGCCUGCACGACCUCGACAUCUACAUCCAAUCCCAGCUGCUGUGGGCGGCGCUCAACCUCGCGCUGUGCGUGCUGAAACCCGGCGGGCGCUUUGUGGCGAAGAUCUUCCGCGGCAAGGACGUGGAUUUGCUGUAUGCGCAGCUCAAGGUGGUAUUUGAGCGGGUGACGGUUGCGAAGCCGCGGAGUAGUCGCGCGAGUAGUGUCGAGGCGUUUAUUGUUUGUGUGGGGUUUCGGCCGCCGCCCGGGUUCAAGGCGAGUCUGGAUCAUCCGUUGGGAGCGGGGCGGAAGUUGGAUGGCGCUGGUGGGGAGACUUUGUCGUCUGCUGUGGAGACUACGUACAAGCUACGAGACGACGGGACUGUUGAGGUCGAAUUUGGAGAGGAUGGAAGGGCAGUGGAAGGAGGAGAUGUGCGGUGGGUGGCGCCUUUUCUUGCUUGUGGCGACCUCAGUGCCUUCGAUGCCGAUGCGAGUCACAAAUUGCCGGAAGGACAUAUCAGUCUCGAUCCCGUCCAGCCUCCGACUGCGCCGCCGUAUCGAAGAGCGCUGGAGGAGCGGAAGAAGCUGGGCGGUGCGUAUGGGAAGACUAAGUUGGGGGAGGUGAAGUGA